UCGUUUUGUUGUAAGAUGUUGAAAAAUUAAUUAAUACGAAAUCAACAAAAAACUAUUUUAUUUUCGCAUAUGCUAUCAUUAAUCAUAUUUAUCUGAUUUUGAAUAUCUCAGAUGCUCGAUCACCUGAAAGUUCGAGACAAGAUCGUUUAAACGAGAGAUCGAAUGUUUAAUCAAAAAACACGAUAUGGGGAACAAAAGAAUUAUGAAGCUAUUUAAACGUCCAAAAUGCUUGACUGAAGCGGUAGCAUCAGUGAUAAUUCUAAAUCAUUUAAUGGGAGUUCGUGCUUUUGAAUAUCCUCGUGGCCGGCCAAGACCUAUACUUAGCCUAAUUUAUCUUCUGCUUCUAUACUGUUUGUACUAUGUUGGCUUUCGGCAUUUGGAAGAAGAAUAUUACUUGAGUAUUAAAUUACUAAAGCUGGAAUACUUUUUAUACAAAAUGUUGGAUUAUAUUGUUGCUUAUUUGAUCAUUAUUAAACUGUUGUUGGGCUGGUACUAUACGAAGAAGUUCAAGGCUUGCUACAGAAAAAUCUCCGACAUCGACGAAACAUUGCGACAGCUUGGAGCAACAGUAAACUAUAAUAAAAUAUAUUUUAUAACGAUCGGAGUACUGGUUAUCUGGUUUUCAUUCACCUUCUUUGCAUGUGUUGUGGUCUACAUCGUAAUGCGGGCGCAUUCAGAUGCAUAUAGAACUGUCGGCUCGAUUGUGGUAUAUUCCUACUCAAUGGCUGUCAGUUCUGUUAUCAUCUUCGAAUUCUACAUAUUUGUAAAAUGCGUACUAACGAGGUUUGAGUUGAUCAACCAACUCUUACAUGAAAGUUCAUCAGUGUCAUUGGCAAAAGAGAUCAAAUUGGGCUGUUUUGAAAUGCAAGAUUAUGUUAAAAUCAUAAAUGUUGAUCAACAAAAGAGUUUAUAUUCUAUGAAUAUAUUAUCUCAUUGUUGUCGACAAUUGCACCACAGAAAAAAUAUUACUGUAUCAGAAAAACAAAAUUCAAUCAAAUCGAAUUUCUCAUCUUAUUUUCAAAAACAGUCUCAAGGGGAACUUCGAAAUCGAAAACAUAAUUUUGUAAUGACAAAAUGUCAAAGACGUAAAUAUCUAUUACAAACAACUAAACAGGUGCAUCUAGAACUGUGUAAAUUAUCAAAAACACUAUGUAUUAUCUUUGGUGUACAGACAGCUUGCGAGAUAGGAGUGAUUAUUAUGUUUCUUACUGGGGUUGGCUAUAAUUUGUACACUCGAUAUUUUUCACAAGGACACCAAUCUUUUACAAACAGUUUGAUGCAACAAUUAACUGUGACAAUCUUAAUGAGUGGCAUUCAAUUUUUGAAAAUUACAUGUUUAAGUCGUGUUUGCAAACGUGCAGCCGAUGAAGGAAAUAAAACUAUUGAGCUUGUUUAUUCAAUUUACGGAUGUGACACAAAGUCUGGUGUGCAAGAGGAGAUUCAACAAUUUGGUCUUCAAAUAUUACAGUGUCCAGUGAGAUUCUCCGCCUAUGGUAUUUCUCUGGAUAAUCAUGUCCUAACUAUGAUGCUGAGAAUUGUAACAACCUAUUUAGUUAUCAUGGUACAAGUAAGCAACUCAUUGGAGUCGAAUAAAACGAUUACAAAUGUAACAUAA